AGAAAUUGUACAUAAGUUAUUCUACUCAUUUACUAUAUUUCAUUAUGCCAUUUCAGUACUGAAUUGUUAUUUUCAUAAUGUGUGCUUGUGUGAGUAGGACGAGUGAAUGUGAGGAAGAUAGAAGCAGUCAAGGUCGCGUCCAGCGAGGAGGAACCAGCUGCAUGAGUUAGAAAAACAACUAAUCUCAGAAUGUGGGCACGCUCGGACAGCGUACCAAGAUAGAAGAAGUCACACUCAGAUAAUGGAAUAUGUGAACUGGUUUCAACUGGAUCUGUUUAUGCACCCUUCCCCAUUAGCAGUUGAAACCUUCUGUAACUAGGGCGUUCCUAACUUAAUAAAAUGCAAGAGGAGCGGAGACUGAUUCAGAGUGGUUUUGGAGGAUUGUAACUGAGCAGUCUCCGAGCACUCUCCUUGCAAGUAAAAUAUACUCAAUUCUCUGUGUCUUUUCUUGUGCAGGUUAUUCUUAUAAAUGUUGGGGGUUUAAACCUAACAUUUAAAUGGUCCUUCGAGCCGGAUGCCAAGAUACCUGACGAUCCCAGCGGGCGAGUGAGAUCCAGACAAGUCUGUGGCCACAGCAUUAAGACCCUUUUACGGGACUGGUCCCUCCCUUGCGGGCUGGGAUCCGAUGGUUGAAGGUAGAUCCAAGAACGCAGAGAAUUAAAGACCAGUUAGUUGAACCAGGAGACUGGGUCCUGAUAAAAAGUAUAAAGAAGAAGCAUUGGCACUCACCUAAGUGGGAAGGACCCUACCAAGUGCUGUUAACCACAGGUACCGCAGUAAAGAUUGCAGAACGUAGUACAUGGAUUCAUUUGACCCACUGUAAAAGAAUAAUUGGACAUGUCUAAAAUAACUAUUUCCAUCAUACUGUUCGUAGUCACCAUUCUUAUAUGUUUCAUAGUGAUAACUCUAUGGUAUCUGCUGUAGCGUUGUAGCUCUUCAACGUACCACCAGAGAAAGUCCGGUUACAAAGGGAACUGUAAUUUUAGUUUGCAGUUGUCUCAAACCCGGUGAAGAUUGUCCACCACUCUGUUGUAGGUAAAUAGGAGGAGUUCCAAUCUACAGCAGAAUGAUCACUCAAGCGCAUAAAAAGAUGGUGGCAGUGGGUGGAAUAGUUGGAAUGAUUAUAGUGGUGUCAUUACUGUUGUGGGAGAAGAAUCAUAGUGUGCAGAAGAGAAGGGUGGGCUAUUAUAACACCAAACCGUCGCAAAUCCAGAAAAAGAUUUUGAAAAACCCUUGUAAUACUACAGAUGGAGAUCAGGAUAAGACAGAAGAACUGUAUUUUUGCUAUCAGAAUAACAGCACCCAAGCGGUGUUCACUUUCGAUAAUACCUUGAAAAUAGGAGGUUACGGUCUAGAUAGUUGGGAAGAUUAUGACUGGUAUUUGGACUGUAGUGGCAUGAAACAAUCAGGGCAUUGGUGGGGAAACGUGUUCACCACUACAGGAAAAUGGUCAGAGGGGUCGUUUGGGUUUUCUUCUAAUUCUAAAAAAUGGAAAAAACAGGUCUCUUUGACAAAAACAAACAGAAAGAUAAUGCUGAACAUUAAUACAACCCAAAUACCUUUCGGACAGCCCGACAGUUUCAGUGAGCAUCAGAACCUGCCGUGUCACGGACUAGCUUUAUGUAUUUGGAGGCCACACGCUCAAGAUCCCUGUACCACGUUACUGCUGUGCCCAAAUGUCACUAUGACAAAUACGACACUAUCUCUAACACCGCCAGACAUCACGCCAGGCCCAAAAUCUAGCUCCCCCGUUAAACCUAAGAUCUACAUAAAACCUGAAACUGAUGAUUGGUUCAAAAUAACCACAGGGGUAUCACGCAUUGACAACAACUGGCUCCUAAUGGUAGAGCAAGCAGCUAAAGCAUCAGGAGCAGACUGUGUAGUGUGCAUGGGAGCCAGACCACUGCUGCAAGUGGUGCCCUCAGCGCUGGGUUUAGACUGUCUAGUAGAUGUAAUGAAUAAAACUAUUCCGUCAGAAAACUGCUCCAGUUGGGAUAAAAUUUAUCCUUUGACUACUGCUGAAAAACAAAAGCCUCUAUUUUCAAAGAAGGUAGCUGUAGGAAACUUUACAUGCAUAAAUAGAACCGGUGCUGGGGUCAGACUAGGUAAAUUAAACGACACCCAAUGUUACUCAGUAGAAACAGUGAACAUGGCGUUUAAACCUAAGGCUCGCAGUGACAUCUGGUGGUGGUGUGGAGAUGAUAGAUUAUUUGACAGGUUACCAUACAAUACCACAGGAUUUUGCGCCUCAGUGUCAUUGAUAUUGCCAGUAUCCAUUACACCUCUCACCGUCACUGAUUUGUUGACCACAGUAAACGUUGUUUACCCACACACCUGGAAGAGCAGGCCAAAGAGAUCAGUAAUGUCAGAUGAUCCCACCUACAUAGACAGCAUUGGAAUUCCAAGAGGAGUUCCUACUGAGUAUAAAUUAAUAAACCAAGUAGCAGCAGGUUUUGAAUCCUCAUUAUGUUGGUGGUGUACAAUAAACAAGAAUGUAGACAGAAUCAACUACAUCCACUAUAACGUGCAGAAAUUAGGGAAUAAAACUGAAGAAGGGUUCUCCGCCAUCCACGAACAAUUGUCAGCUACCUCCCUUAUGGCUUUCCAAAACCGUAUUGCUGUCGAUAUGCUUCUAGCAGAAAAAGGAGGAGUCUGCUCUAUUUUUGGUGACCAAUGUUGUACAUUUAUUCCCAAUAAUACUGCAGCUGAUGGAAGUCUAACUAAGGCCUUGGAGGGGCUUAGAUCUCUCAACAGCAAGAUGAAAGACCACUCUGGGGUUGACACGUCAAUGUGGGAUGGAUUUGGAGACAUGUUUGGCAAAUAUAAACAAUUAGUGUUCUCUAUUUUGACCUCAAUUGCUGUGUUUACAGCUAUCCUCACCUUAUGUGGAUGUUGUUGUAUUCCCUGCAUUAGAGCAUUAUGCACUAGAGUGAUAACCACCGCUAUACAACCUGUCAAAACUGAGAUGUCAGAAAUGUAUGCACUCCUCACCCCGGACGGGGACCUUCAGACUAACAGUGAUGAUGAUGAUGAUGAUGAUGAUGAUGAUGAGAAGCUGGAGGCGAGUGAUGAAACGUCAUUACAUUUCCCUGAUCUAUUCCCAGAUCCGGGAGAUUAUGCAACUAACCUCUGAGUGUAACACUUUGAACUAUGUGAUGAAUUUGUGGCUGAAAAUCUGACAAGAAGAGGUCUACAAAUGAUGGUGAAUAUAGCAAAUAAAGUGAAUAAACAGGAGGGAAAUGUUGGAGAAAUUGUACAUAAGUUAUUCUACUCAUUUACUAUAUUUCAUUAUGCCAUUUCAGUACUGAAUUGUUAUUUUCAUAAUGUGUGCUUGUGUGAGUAGGACGAGUGAAUGUGAGGAAGAUAGAAGCAGUCAAGGUCGCGUCCAGCGAGGAGGAACCAGCUGCAUGAGUUAGAAAAACAACUAAUCUCAGAAUGUGGGCACGCUCGGACAGCGUACCAAGAUAGAAGAAGUCACACUCAGAUAAUGGAAUAUGUGAACUGGUUUCAACUGGAUCUGUUUAUGCACCCUUCCCCAUUAGCAGUUGAAACCUUCUGUAACUAGGGCGUUCCUAACUUAAUAAAAUGCAAGAGGAGCGGAGACUGAUUCAGAGUGGUUUUGGAGGAUUGUAACUGAGCAGUCUCCGAGCACUCUCCUUGCAAGUAAAAUAUA